AUGUCUUCCCAUCUGACAUGGAGUUAUGCCAGCUCUUUGAACUCUUCGCAGCUCUUUGAGCUUCGCAUUUGUCGAGAAGUCACUGUCCACGCCAUGCCCUCUGCGACCCGGGAGCGCUCACGGAUGGGCAUCAGCCGCAGCGGUAGCCGCACCGAGCGCAGCCGGCUGGAGCGGCUGGAGCGGCAGCGGGAAGACAGCCGAAGCUGGGAUCGGUUCCAAUCACCGGAGCCCAGAUCCCAGGAGGAGAUGAGAGAGUGGAUGAGUCGAUGGGGAGCGGAGCAGAUUCUAACCUUCUCCGAAGGUGAUUUCCGCGGCAGCCGUGGAGCCAUCGAAAGCCACACUGGCUUUGUUAACCUCUCGGCGGUCUAUGUGUCACAGGUCCUGCAUCGAGCCGAGUCCUGUGGGGUUCCGAUUGACAUCGAUCUCUCAGCUAUCGAGGAUCAGAAUUCCAUUGACCAGAUCGCGUCAUUGGCAUCUCAGGGCUUCGUGCCGGCAGUAAUGGGAAAGCGCAACGCCAACCUGCCAUCCCUGGGCGGUGUCCCUCCGCCGCCCUCGCCGCUGGCACCGGCCGGCGACCUGCAGACCAUGGCCAGAAUGCAGGAACUGGAACAAGAGAACUCUCAGCUCAGAGGGCGAUAUGACGAAAUGGAGGCUCAGGUGGCUCAGCUCUUUGAGCAGCUGCACCAGGCGGGCGCCCAAGUGGCCAUGUCGCAGAGCCAGCUUUCGGAGCACGUGGGCUCUUCCGCGCAGUUCCGGGACCUCAAGGACAUCCUCAAAAAGCGCACCGAAGAGGUGAAAUUGCUCAGGGAGUAUAUCGCCAGUGCAGGGCUGCCAGUCCCCGGCACCGAAGGGGGCAUUGAGCUGACGGCGGACGACGAUUGA